UAGAUGAACAUAAAAAUAUGAUUGAUGUUAUUGGUUAUUUUUUACACGAUAAUACAGCAACAAACAAACUUGAAUCAUUAACAAUUCAAACUAUUCGAAAUCUUUUAUAUGUAUUUCUUUAUAAUAAUAUCUUUUUGUACAAGGAUAAUAUCUAUGAAUGUACAAAAGGUAGUCCAAAUACUAUGGCAUUAACAGAAACAUUAUCAAAUAUUUAUUUAUUUGUAUGGCAAAAGAAAAUAUGGAAGCAAAUUGAUCAAAAUAUAGAAUUUUUUGGAAGAUAUAAAGAUCAACUAUUUUUUACAUGGAAUAAAUCAAGUGCUCUCGAACUUGAAACAUUUCUAGAAAACAUUCGAGAACAAUAUUGGAAUGUACGUUUUCAAAAAUUUAUUGGUACAAAUGUCGAAUUUUUAAAUGCUUCUAUCGAAAAUCGACAAGGUCAAUUAUAUACUCGUGUACAUUAUGAUUCGAAUAUGCAUCGUUAUACAUUACCAUAUCUCUUGGGUCAUUCAAAAUCAGCUCAUAGUGAUUGGUUACGAACAGCUUUAAUUCGUGCUGUAUGUUACUGUACAUCAGUUGAUGAUUUUCAACAGGAACGAAUUGCUCUUGUAUUAACUUAUCUUAUUAGUGGUUAUUCAUUAUUAUUUGUUGAAACUCAUGUCAAACAUUUUUUCAAUUAUUUUCAUGCUCAAACUGUGCGAUACUCAAGAAAUCAAAGCACAUAUGAUAAAUUUCGUCAACAAUGGUUUAAAUUCGUCGAACAACGAUAUGAACUUAUAGAGCAACUUGAAAACUUUACUAAUAAUGGUCGUUUAAUUCAAUUCAAUUAUAUUUAUGAUUUUGGUCCAAGAUGUCGAUUCAAUCGAGAAUUUUAUAAACUUUGGAUUCAUUAUUUUGAAAAACAUCCAAUUCUAUCAGAAGAAAAUUCUAAAAUUAUCCUAACAACUAAACAUUUUCAUUCAUUAAAUACUUUAUUAGCAGUAGACAAAUCACCUACUAUUACAGGUCAACAAUAA